AUGGAUGAGAUUUUUGGAUGCAUGGAUGGAAGAUUUGAAGUGUCAUUAGCAGAUUCAACAAUGAUGUCUAUAGUUCAUCGUGCCAUGAACAAAGCUCAAGAGAAAAUGAAGACAAAAACAGGAGUCCUUGAAAGGUUGAAUGAGAUAUCAAAAUUCUAUGAAUUGGCAGUGAUGCAACUUGAAGGUUGUCUAACCAUUGUUCAUGCCGAGACGGAAAGUAGUUUUCUCGAAAGCAAUCAUGAAAAACUACUUGAUGACCUACGAGAAAUAAAAGAUCGCCUUCAAGGACGUCUCGAGGAAUCGGAAUCGAUUAUUUUAGAGAAGGAUAGAGAGUUGUCACAAAGAUUGAAGAAAAACCAAACAACUAGUUACGUAAAAGUAAAGAGUGAUGGUAAUUUAUGUGAGUUGAGGAGUAGUAUGGAUCAACAAAUGUUGAAUAUUAAACAAAGACUUGAACCACAACAUGACGUAGUGGAAAAUGUUAUUGAAGAGAUGGGUUCAGAUAUUGAUGUAUUAAAGCAAACUAUGGACCUUGCUUUUGGUAAGAUGCAAAGUGCUCUUUUUUCAUGUGAGAUGAGGCCAAAAGAGAGGCAAUGGCAGUUGAAAAUUGAAAAAGAUAUGAUUUCUAUAUUAAUUACCAGUUUCAUGAGGGAGUUCCAAGAGAAUAUUGAGGUAGAAGCUAGAAGGAAUGAGAAUCAUGUUCACAAAUGUUGGCAAGAGCAUUGGUCAACAUUGAUGAAUGAGGUUACAAGUUUAAAGAAUGAACUUGUGACUAUGCAUGAAGUGUUUCCUGAGGAAUCUGAUUCUUCGGCCCUUUCUUCUCCGACAAAAUCUUCAUCGGAAGAAAGAACUCAUGAAACAUUUCAUCGAUCUCCUCAAAAUGCAGAAGAUAGAGAUCAUAUGGAAGUAGAGUUACAAGAAGAGGAAGAGAAUGAAAAUAGAAGCUUAGUUGCUAAGAUGAUCAAAAAUCAUGAAUCUAUUAUUCAACAAAAGAACGAAGAAUUGAAUCGGAUUAAGAAUCGAAUAUUACAAGAGAAAAAGGCGUCAUCGUCCAAGAAAAGAAAGGAACUAAGCAUCAUACAAGAAAAUAUCCAAAUUGCAAUUGAGAAAUUGGAUAAUCUUAUAAAAAGGAAUGAGAAACAAGGUGAAUCUCUUUUCAACCAAAAAGCUAUUCAUGAAAAGGAAACACUUCCAAGGAAGAAGUUAUCAUCACAAGAAUAUGAGAUUGACUUGGGAAAGGUAAUACAAGAGCAAGUACAUAAAUGCUACUUAAAAGAAAUGAUGAAUGAGUUGAAUGAAAGCAGUGAGAGAAAUGUAAUCAAAAGGAAAAUUAGAGAAGACAUAAAUUUUAUUGUCUUCUUGGAGACAAUUAAGGAUAUCAAUUCCAAUCAAGAAUUUCUCUUAGCUAAGGAACAUUUUGAAAAUGAAAUACAAGCAAUCAUAGAGGAAGAUAUAUGCAUGCUUGUAAUUAGAAGGAGUAAUGAAGAAAUGAACAAAUUGAUGGAAAAUUUCAAAUUUGAGUGUACAAUAAGAGAAAAAUUAGAUCAUAUUGUGUUGGAAGAAAGGACAAAGUUAUCAUCACAAGAAUAUGAGAUUGACUUGGAGAAGCUAAUGCAAGAGCAUGUACAAAAAGGUUACUUAAAAGAAAUGAUGAAUGAGUUGAGUGAAAGCAUUGAGAGAAAUAAAAUCAAAAGGAAAAUUAGAGAAGACACAAAUUUUCUUGUCUUCUUUGAGACAAUUAAAUAUAUGAAUUCAAAUCAAGAUGUCUUAGCAAAGGAAGCUUUGGGAGAUGAAAUAGAAGGAACCCUACAAGAAGAUAUAUCCAUGCUUGUAUUUAAGAAGACUAUUGAAGAAUUCAACAAAAUGAUGACAAGUUGCAAAGUUGACAACAUAAUAAGAGAACAAAUAGAUCAAAUUGUGUUUGAAGAAACAUUGAGUUAUUUUGUAAAUAUUUCAAGCUAUGAUUCAAUUUAUCAUAGAAAAAACACCAAAAUACAAGAAAAUUUCUCUACUAUGAUACUAAAUCAAGUGCAAAAAGUUCAAGGACAAGAGAACUUGACAAUUAUAUUGCUAGAGUCUCUACUUAGUUGUUUUGAAGCAGAGGAGAAUCUAAUGCUAAGUGCACAUUCUGAGAUCAAAGAACAUAGCAAACAACUCGACUUAGGUUCGGAACGCGGUGACCUACAUGAGCACGAAAUAUUUGAAGAUUUGUUAACUGGUGAGGAACAAACCUUUUCUUCACUAACAAGUAAGGUAGAAAAUGUUUUGCAACAAUUAGGUAUAAGCAAAGCACUUCUGAAGGAGUUGGGAACUAGCUUAGGACAUAGUAUACGUGACUCGGAAAGUUUUCAUCAGCAAAUGUUUGCUCAUGAACAAGAACAAUUGAAGUUGUCUUCUUUUGAAUCUCCAAUAUUUGAAGAAUUUGAGGCAACAGUAUACCAGAAAUUGGAGAUGUUUACUUUGAGGUUGCAAAAGAUGAAAUGUUGUGUGGAUCCGGUUAUUAAGAUGGUUGAUUGUAUGAGAAGAAAAGAGUUAUUGUACCAAAAGGCCUUCAUUAGAAGAUGUCAGAAUCUCCAAAAUGCUGAAGCUGAGGUUGAUCUUCUUGGUGAUCAAGUGGAUGCUCUCUUGACAUUAAUUGAGAAGAUAUAUGUAACCCUUCAUCACCAUGCACCAGCAUUGCAGCAGCACUUUGAGGUGAAAAGUUCACUUUUUUGUUUGUCCCUCAUAUAUCAUUUUUAUUGAAUAACUUAAGUUUCUUAAUUUGGAACACCAUAUUUUUCAGUUUUUAUAUAUUUUCAUUUAAUUGUUCUAACCCUCAACAGGUCUUUAACUUUUUGGAGUUGAUAAAAACAGAAAUGGUUGGUGGAGCUGUUCAGGCUAAGAGUAUGGUUACUUAAACAAAUUGGAACCCCGACCCCUGCAU